UCUGCAGAUUGGUCUCCUUCACAUGUGCAGGAACAGUCAGAAAGCAGAAAGCUCCAGGUGGCUCUCAAGUACUUCGCUGCCAAAAAAGCCCACGCUGGAAAGCAAGUCCAAAGGGGCUCCCUAGAGGGAGUUGGGUUUAGCCCGGAAGAGAGUGAGAUUAGUAAAGCAUGACUAUACAACCCAUGCUGGUGGCCGGCUUUCAGAGGAAAGAGGAACAGUAACGGCAAUUAGCAAGACUGAAAGCUCCAGAAGGCUUACAAUCAGUGAUCUGCAUAGUUCCCUCAGAAGGAAUUUUCUUCGAGGACAUGGUUUCAGAUGUCCACUGCUGCCUGAUCCAUAACAGGCUGUCCACUGCGGUAAGCACAUCCCACCUCAGUGUGGUAAUCACUGACAUUUUUCACCAGGUUUUGACCUGUUUACUGCAAGCUGAAUAACUUCUGUCUCUUCAAACCACCAGCUUCUUUGAGCUGUCGGUUGUCUUCAACAGAUUCAAACCCUUUGUGUGUCGUAGCCCAGAGAAAGUGGGAUCACUGUAGUACAUCAUACACCUUUGUGGAGUUAUGUUAUCAAACGGUUCUCGAAAAAGGACAUUAACAAAAAAACUCUUUAUGUGACCUAACAAAAAAUAUAUACUGAAGAGAUAUUUGAGGAGCUCAGUAAUUGUGCAAACGUGGAAGGUGGCAAAAGAGAUCCUACACAGGAGAUGAUUCAUCACCUGAGCUAUGGAUAUUGAUGAACUUCAUUCAAAGGAUAACCGAGGUCAGACAGAGAAGACCAGCCACACAGUCUCGACCUACCACAUAAGUGUCCUUGGCAUUCCAGUAUGUUUCUUCUUAUGAGAUUAUUUCUAGUGCCAAGAGCUUCAGUACAAUGUGGAAAUGGAUACUGACAAAGGGUGCCUCAGCCUUUACAUACCUGGCUUAUGUCCUUCUCCUCUUCCUCAUCUGUUCUUCGUCUGUUGCUUGCAAUGACAUCAGCAGAGAUAUGUUGUCUCCAAAUAUUACAAGGUCUUCAUCCAGCCUGGGAAGGCAUGUGCGCAGCUACAAAUACCUGGAAGGAGACGUGCGGUGGAGGAAAUUGUUCUCUUUCACCAAAUACUUUCUCAAGAUCGACAGGAAUGGCAAGGUCGGUGGAACAAAGAAGGAAAACUGCCCUUUCAGUAUACUGAAAAUUACAUCCGUGGAAGUUGGCGUUGUGGCUAUUAAAGCAAUUAACAGCAAUUAUUAUUUGGCAAUGAACAAGAGAGGAAAGAUCUAUGGCUCAAAAGAUUUUAAUAAUGACUGCAAACUUAAAGAAAGAAUAGAAGAGAAUGGUUACAACACCUACGCUUCCAUGAAGUGGAAGCACAAUGAACGACAAAUGUUUGUGGCUUUAAAUGGAAAAGGGUCUCCACGGCGAGGACACAAAACAAGACGGAAACAUCCUUCAGCCCAUUUUCUACCAAUAGUGGUGAGGCAGGAUAUCUCUCUAAUAUCAGACUAGAAUCAAUGAAGACAACACUUUCACAGUAAAGAGUGCUGGUAUUAAUUCAACACUGCAUUUCAUUCCAAGCAUGGCAACACUCUAUUAAAUGUGGAAGUCUUAAUGAUGAACAUUAUCAGCGCUCAGGCAGUAAACUCACAGACGUCGACUUGUAAAACUUCGAACAAACCUUUGAUAAUCAAAUCAUUGUUACUGGCAUAAGGAGUUCUGGUGCCAGUAAAGAUUGAAGCAAUUAGAGAGAACAUAGCGGGCAAUGGCAAAAUAUCUUGUGAUGUAUCCUUAAGCACAAGAGGCAAUGCAGUUGUACAAUGUUGUAUGAUCUUUGUGAGAAGAUGUUAUUUAUGGAGUACUAACCCAUAUCAAAGACCUUAUGUUCAUUCAAGCCUGAUUAUCAAACGAGUGGUUAAACACACAAACGUUUAUCUGGAAGCACUUUGGGUCAGACACGAAGCAAGUAUUUUCUAUAACUACACUUCACAACAAUAGACAGGCUUGAAAAGUAUAUAUAAAUGCACGAAAUGUAAAGCUGCUCUAACAAAAUGAGUCUUUAGUUGCUCUUCAAAUGAUUAAUUCUAAAUAUAAUUUUUAAAGCAUGCUUAUAUUGCAGAACCAGCAAGACUCCACAAAGUAAAUUAUUGUUAAAGUUAGCUUGGUAUUGAUUCUUAAUUGAAAAUUAUCUCAAAAAUAAAUGCUUAUGUUUGUCAUCAAAAUAGUAAUAAUAUUACAGCACAACCUUUUAACUUUCUGAAAAUGGCCCCAACCAUUUUGCUGAAAAAUAGAUUCAUUUUGGUAGAGCAAGUGAAAAGUAGUAGCAGUAUACAGCCCUUUUUCAUUGUAACACACAGUAUGUAAGUUGCAUUAAGCCUCUUUGGCAGAGUGAGUAGAAAAGUACAAGUAGUCAUCAAAAUGUAUUUUGUUCUAAAUACUUUUAAAGAUAUUUCUAUUAAGAUGAAUAUUGAUGCUGCAUUC